UUUAUACAGUUUUAAUCUUUUCCAUUUUUAAAAACGAUUUCAGAACCAUUUCUACUUGUGCAAGGCUACAUGUACUCCCCCUCCUGAUCCAGACUGAUGACUUGCUCAGACUCCAGCUGGUCCAAUUAACCAGCAGCUACAACAGGUAAAACCCACCUGAAGCUCACUGACCCACUUACUGCCCUCAGAACAAAAUGGAGACAGCAUUUGUCUUCAAAGACGUGAAAAGCUUUGAGUGCUCCUCUCCGUCGGAGUUGGACAGAAAGUUCUUUGGGGAGCAGAGUUUGCUGUCUGCUUUGUCUCUGGAACAGCUGCCAACACCAAAGCUGUUCAGUAACACCGGAGGUGACGGCAAGCCUUCCAUGCUGGCUUCCCUCUGCCUUUCACUGGAUGCCUUUUCUCCUUGUGGGGGGUUUUCACCUCGUGGUUCCAACACACAGGCCGCAGACAACAGUAACCCCACCAUCCCUCUGCAGGGGAAGUUCUCUACCCCUCAGGUGCUCGUCAGAAAGCCCCCAAAUGCCACAUGUUUCGACCAGUCGUAUGGUGAUCUCACUGCCUCACAAAUCUCAUGGGAUGUCUCUCUGAUCAAAUCAGAGAGCAACAGCCCAAGGUUUUUAAUGGACACCAGCACUCAGGAGCAGACAUGGAACCCAAAACCCCAGCAGCAUUCCCUUCCUGAAGUUUCCCUUGAUUAGGGAACCAACUGAAACGCGCUGACUGUGGUCAAAACUUGGUGGAAGGAAAACCAGCUUUUCACAACUGAUGGUGACUUGUAGUCUCCCUCUGGGGUAAACUAUAGACAUUUUAAAUUUUUCUUUUCUUUUUUUUUUGUAAAGAUAAAUAUUCUAUUAAAAUGCAUUUAUCUGUAUUUGUUUCCAUUACAUAGAAAGCAAUGCAAAAUAAAGAUUUGCUGAAUAUGCCGUC